GUUACCGGUAAUAGUGUAGGAUGACCCCCAUAUAUGCUAACUUCUUGUUAAAAUGAGUACUGCUUGGUGCACCUUGGUCACGUAGCUAUACCAGGCAGUGCGAUCCGGCUUUUCCUUGGAGCAAUUGUUACUGAUAUAGUUUCUAAGUACCGCUUUCCUUGCUUUGAAAUUUCGGAAGUGCGCUGGGUUGGUUAAGGAGGUGUUGAGAUGCUGGCUGGCUGUUUCGCGUAUCCCUCCAAGCUGUCAUCCGGAUUCAGCCACCAGUUAAAGCUAGCAAACGUUCCAAAGAAUUGUUGAUCACAAUAGCGGCGAGCUUCGGCGGCAAUUUCAAACGAUUAUGGAGAAGCAAUGAAAACAUCACACAAGCCAGCCGUUUUUGGCAAGGCGACAACAGCAUGGACAUCCGUAGCUUCACGGCUAUGGGCGCUAGCCUGGCCCUUGUCGGGCAUGGAGGUGAUGACGUUUGCAAAAGAGAUUAUCAUUACUGCUUUCGUCGGGCAUCUGGGUUCGAUGGAGCUGUCGUCGCUGGUGCUGUCUCAGACGCUAUACAACGUCAGCGGCAACGCGCCCAUGUUGGGAGUGGUCACGGCCAUGGAGACGUUCUGCGGGCAAGCGUAUGGUGCUAAGAAGUACGCAACAGUGGGCGUGGUGACACAGCGAGCCCUCGUGAUCACCACCCUCUUCAACCUCCUGUGCAUUGCCAUGUGGGGCAAGGCGGAGUCGCUGAUGAUUGCCAUGGGUCAGGACCCGCAGAUCGCAAAAGCGGCGGGCCGCUUCACGCUCCUCCUUAGCCCCUGCCUCUUACUUGAUGGCGUUGAACAGUGUUUACGCCGCUACCUAGCGGCGCAGUCUGUUGUACAGCCGUUGCUGUACGUCACUUUUCUUGCAACGCUGCUGACUCCGUUGUACCUUUGGUUCUUCAUCUUUAGAUGCGCGCUGGGCUUCGACGGCGCCGCUGUAGCAUGGGCGUGCGUGCAGGCCAGCUCCUGCCUGGGCCUGCUGGUAUUCACGCUGCACCACACCCGCAACCAGGAGCCGUCCAAGCGCACAUGGGCGGGCUGGAGCCGCGAGUGCCUGGCGGACUGGCCGCUCUACAUCCGAGUGGCCAUUCCCUCGGCCGUCAUGAUCUGCCUGGACUGGUGGACGUUCGAGAUCAUCGUGAUGCUGUCAGGUCUGCUGCCGCGGCCCGAGAUGACGAUGUCCAUGAUGGGCAUCACCUUCAACAUCCACGCGCUGUGCUUCUUCGCGGCGCACGGGCUCAGCGGGGCGGCCAGCACGAGAGUGGGCAACGAACUAGGCGCCAGUCGCCCCCGCCAGGCCUGGCUGAACACGCAGGUGUCCGUCCUGAUGGGCACUGUCAUCAUGGUGGUGUGCGCGGGGCUGCUGCUGCAGUGCCGCCGGCAGCUGGGCGCGCUGUUCUCGGGGGAGCAGGAGGUGGUGCUGCUGACCAGCCAGGCGGUGCCCACGCUGGCCAUAUCGCUUAUAGGCGAGGGCGCCAACACGGUACUAGCCGGCGUGCUGCGAGGCUGCGGCCGGCAGAAGAUCGGCGCGCAGAUCAACCUCUUCAUGUACUGGGGCAUUGGGCUGCCCUUCGCCUGUCUGCUGGCCUUCCGCAUGGGCCUGGGCGCCAUGGGGCUGUGGACCGGCCUGGCGUGUACGGCAUCCGUACAGUCGCUGAUCCUGUCGUGGAUCGUGUUUAAGUUUGACUGGAACGCGGAGGCUCAGCGUGCCAAGGCGCUGAUCGCGGCCGGUGAGUUGGAGAUUGAGUUGGAGGAGGAGGUGGAGCUGCUAGCGAGCAGCGGGCGGCUGGGGGCGGAGGGGCUGCUGGAUGUGGCUAGCGCCAAGCCCUCCACGUUGACAUUGUGAGGUUGGGCGGCGGCGGUGUACGACGUGCAGCGCACGAGGAGGAAGGGGCUGGGGAGUAUGCGGCAGUGGCGGGCUUGGUUCGGUUUGGCAGCGGCAUGGUGUGCAAUAACAUGAUGUGUAAGGGGCGCAUGAGUACCGGUAGCGUGCAUGCCGUUGGGGCAUCCGGCAGGAGAGAGGCAGUCUUAAUUGUAGUAGAAAUAUGCCCCCUGAAAGCAGGUCAACGGUCAAGUAUACGUGAAGCUGGGCGCAGUGGUCAUGGCGGCCACCGACAUAUGGACAUAACCACGUAUGUGUGCAUGUGAACCUGGUAUGGUGUUUGUGGUCGGUCUUACACACGUGAGUAUCCGGACAGGUAUAACAUGCGGUAGUACCAAAGCCGCAACGCGCAUGGGCUGUUUGUAUGGUUUGGGAUUUGCGGGUUGUUGGUGAUGCUGCUACUUACCAACGCUGUAGUUUUGAU